AUGCCGAUGCUGAUCUCCUCACUAGUUUCCACGUCUUCAUCGGCUCACAAAGUCUCGCCCCAUUGUCGGUUCUUCUUCCUUAAGCCCGGACCAAUCAAGGGGAAGAAUCGGCAGUGCUUUGUGCCUUCGACGACGCGCGGCGGCCGGUGGUACCCACCUAGUACUCUAUUGGCUAAAGAGUCUGUCGGAAAAAUGGACGUUGAUGACGUAAUUGACGUCUUGGAGGAGGAGAUUCUGGAUUUCAUGAAGAAUUCGGAGAAGCCAGAUUCGUUUCCGAGCAAGAAAGAGUUGGUCUGUGCCGGUCGGGAUGAUUUGGUGGACGCUAUUGUUAAGCAAGGAGGUUGGCUUUCCUUGGGUUGGGAUUCGGAAGAAGUUGAAGAUUAUGAUGAAGAAGUUAUUAAUGAAGUUAGUGAUAAUGUUCCAAGUUCGACGACCGCAUUAGAAAGUGAUGCUCUCUUGCAAAGUAUCAAGAGUUCUUGGGAUGAUGAUGAUGAUGAUGAUGAUGAACAUAGAUCAGAGGGCUCUGCGGUGGUUUCUUUCUGUCCGUAUGAUGAUUCUCCUGAUCAAUCAGCCUCGUCUCCGGGUAGCUCACUAAAAACGCCGAGCACAAAACAUGAAACUGGAAUUGAAGGCAUGUUGAGUCGGUUAGAGAGACAGAGAGAUUUUAAUAUUGGAUUUGGUGUGCGAGAAAAACAUGAAGAUUAUAGUACUACAUUCUCCGCAGGUUCUAACAAUGGCAAAGUCGAUUGGCAAUUUUCAAGAUUCUCAACCGACAGUACGCAUAAAUCUUUCCCUGACGUUGACGGUUUAAGAAACUCUGAUGAUGAUGAUCAGCCACAAAUGUGGAGAUCUUGGAGCAUUCAACGGGCAGGAUUUAGAGAUGUCGAUAUUGAAGAUAUUGAAAUUGCACCAAGUGAAGCUAGUACUGGUAUAGAAGGGACGUCGUCGAUGGACAUGACUUCAAAAGAUGAGAUAAUAACAGUAGAAAGUGGUAAUCGUGAAGCCGAUAAUUGUGAUUGGAAUGAAUUGGAUGUACGUAUUGAAAAGAUUAAUCAUGACAGAUUUAUAAGAAAUCGCCUUCAGCAACUGGAGUUGGAGGCCUCGGCUGUACUUCGCUCUGUAAGGUCCAAUACCACCGAUGAAUUUGCGUCACAAAAGCGUUACGACGGUUUGGAGUUUUGGGAGGUUCAGGACAGUGAGAUUUCGAAAGCCGAGGAUAAAUUACGGUCAACACGUGCAAAGUUAGCUGUCUUAGAAGGAAAGAUGGCACUGGCAAUAAUGUGUGCACAAGUCUUGAAUAUCAAUUUAACAGAAACAUGA